GCGGCAGAAGCUGCCGGGGCUGCGCAGGGUAGGGCUGGGCAGCGAAGGCGGGAGGCGGGCCGGAGCCGAGCUGGGGCCGGAGACGCCGUCGCGGCCGGAGCGGGGUGAGCGGCGGUCGGAGGCGAGCUGCGGCCGAGGAAAAUCCUCACUGACCACCGUCCUGCCUGCGGGAGACCCCACCACUGUCCCCCUGGCUUCCUGGUCUACCCGUCCUCGGCAGCACCUGCUCCGCACCCCUUCCUGCUCUGCCUGUUUGUGUGCGAAUUUUGAGUGUCUGACGUUGACCUCAGAAUUGCGCCUUCGCUGCUGCUGCCUCGCCUUUUGAAGAGAUGUCUGUCACUUACGACGAUUCCGUUGCAGUAGAAGUGUCCAGUGAUAGCUUCUGGGAGGUUGGAAACUACAAGCGGACCGUGAAGCGAAUCGAUGAUGGGCACCGCCUGUGUGGCGACCUCAUGAACUGCCUGCACGAGCGGGCGCGCAUCGAGAAGGCGUACGCGCAGCAGCUCACUGAGUGGGCCCGGCGCUGGAGGCAGCUUGUGGAGAAAGGGCCGCAGUAUGGGACAGUGGAGAAGGCGUGGGUGGCCGUCACGUCCGAGGCGGAGCGGGUGAGCGAGCUGCACCUGGAGGUGAAGGCCUCGCUGAUGAACGGGGACUUCGAGAAGAUCAAGAACUGGCAGAAGGAGGCCUUCCACAAGCAGAUGAUGGGAGGCUUCAGGGAGACCAGAGAAGCCGAGGAUGGCUUUCGGAAGGCACAGAAGCCCUGGGCCAAGAAGCUGAAAGAGGUAGAGGCAGCAAAGAAAGCCUACCACGCAGCCUGCAAAGAGGAGAAGUUGGCGAUAUCACGAGAAACCAACAGCAAAGCAGACCCAUCCCUCAACCCUGAGCAGCUUAAGAAAUUACAAGACAAAGUAGAAAAAUCCAAGCAAGAUGUUCUCAAGACCAAAGAGAAGUAUGAGAAGGCCCUGAAGGAACUGGAGCAGGGCACCCCCCAGUACAUUGAGAACAUGGAGCAGGUGUUUGAGCAGUGCCAGCAGUUUGAGGAGAAGCGCCUGCGCUUCUUCCGGGAAGUCCUGCUGGAGGUCCAGAAGCACCUAGACCUGUCAAAUGUGUCCAGCUACAAAAACAUUUACCACGACCUGGAGCAGAGCAUCAGAGCUGCUGAUGCGAUGGAGGACCUGAGGUGGUUCAAAAUCAACCACGGGCCGGACAUGUCCAUGAACUGGCCGCAGUUUGAGGAGUGGUCUGCAGACCUCAAUCGGACUCUCAGCCGGAGAGAGAAGAAGAAGACCAGUGAUGGCGUCACCCUGACGGGCAUCAACCAAACAGGCGACCAGCCUCUGCAGAACAAGCCCAGCAGCGACCUUAGUGUCCCAAGCAACCCUGCACGGUCAGCGCAGUCCCUGCCCAGCUACAACCCCUUCGAGGAUGAGGACGACACAGGGAGCACCGUCAGUGAGAAGGAGGACACUAAGGCCAAAAACGUGAGCAGCUGCGAGAAGACCCAGAGCUACCCCACUGACUGGUCUGACGACGAGCCCAGCAACCCAUUCUCCUCCACGGACGCCAAUGGGGACUCCAACCCGUUUGAUGAGGACGCCGCCUCCGGGGUGGAAGUGCGGGUCCGGGCCCUUUAUGACUACGAGGGGCAGGAGCAGGACGAGCUGAGCUUCAAGGCUGGGGACGAACUGACCAAGAUAGAGGAUGAGGAUGAGCAGGGCUGGUGCAAGGGGCGCUUGGACGACGGACUGGUUGGCCUGUACCCAGCUAAUUACGUCGAGGCAAUCCAGUGAUGGCCAGUGGGCUGGUGGUGGAGGGAUGGAGGCGUGGUCCCAGGAGCGCUGUUAGCUAUCGCCUGGCAUCGCACCUCCGGCGCCUCCAGCCAGCCGCGUGGGCGUCCAUUCCUUUUCCUGCAAAAGAUGAUGGUUCCAUUGCUCUUGGCUUCAUGCUGUCUCUUGAAGGCAGCCGAGCUGGUCGGUUCACCGGGAACUCGGCACCCUUUGCGCUGUGCAGAGAGAUCUGAGUGCAGGAAGACGCAGCACAAACCACGGCCCUGCCCUCCACCGCUGUGUGUCGGCUCAUCGUCAUCUGUGCACCCUUGGCCUGUCUUUCUCUGUCUUUCUCCCUCCUCCCAGUCAGUGGUGGGUUACGCCGACUGUGGUUCCUCCGAUUUUUUUUCUGUGACUUUUCUCUGACGGGUCCCAUCACUCACAACUUAAAUGAACAAACUUACGUGCCAUUUUCUGAGUGAAUGCUUCGAAGUUUUUUAUUUAAAGCCUGUGUACAGUUAUACAUUUUAAAAUACCUGUUCUUCCAUUUAUGUGUAAAUUAUGGCACAGAUUGAUAUAUCCAUGUUGAGGGAAGAUCUCUCUUUCCAUGCUGUACUGUUAGUCAGCCAGGCCUCCGCCUGGGGCAAGCUGCAGGAGUGGGGCUCAUUUAGACGGGUGCAGACGAGGCCAGAGAGCGUGGCAGGGAGCGGGGCACCGUGGCCGGGCUCCCUCCCGGUGGGGGUGCUCUGUGCAGCCGGGAUGGCCAAAUGUGAGUUUGGAGAAGUCUUCCGUAGUGCUCCCAAAUGUCGCCAUAGUUAAAACUACUUUCACUCUGUGCUUAAAACUUUACUCUUGCAAACUAACAAUUUUAGUGAUUUGGAACAAAUUCAGUGAUUUGGAAGGUUAAAAAGACUAACUUUUCAAGAGAAAGCAUCUGUAGAUGAAGGUGCUUUAUAUUAGACUGUCAUGUCUUGGUGUAGAUCUGUAUCUGCUGUUUGAUACUCAGAGAAUCUAAAGAGCUUGUCUACUGUUUUCAUGAGAUGUACCCGCUCUUGGCACAGUGGCUUCCAUUUGUGAACUGCUGGAAGGCCGUGACAUUCAGGCACAGGCCCGGCUGCUCCUCCAGGCUUGGGGCGUGGACCCUGCACCUCUUGCAGUGGUGACUGCUGUGGGCAGGCUCUCCUCACCGGGCAGCGGGGGUCUGGCUUCUGCCGAGCCUCCGUCCCUUCUGCAGCACGACACUGUAACCCCCGACAGCUCACCCUCAGCGUGCCCCUCCGAGCAGACAGAAGCUGGGUUUCAGCCCCCAGCACAAGGGUCUCUGCUGAGCGUCCUUAGCUGUCAGGGAGCCCAGUGCUGGGGCAGGAGGCUGCACUGUCAUCAAGGGCAGGGGAGGUGGGGAAGGAGGGAAAAGCUUUAUUCUGUGUAACUCAGACAUUGGUGAAGUGGCCGCCGCCAUCACAAGCUAUGCAUUUGCUCAGUGUUCCCAGUGAGCUCCAUGUCUUGCUUGGAAAGUGAAUGUGUGUGUCUGUCUGUUUCUGUCUGUCCUUAAAACUUACCAGCAGAAAUCCUCAUUCCUUUGCUACAGAUUUACCAAAAAUUGUCAAGUCUUCAGUUUCGGAGUUUCUUUAAAUGUAUAGUAUUUUAGAAAAAACAAUCAAUAAAUAGUUGAUCUCGUGAGUA